AUGCCCAUUUAUAUCAUCGACCGAAAAUUUCCCGACACAUCUGGUCAGUUGUUACAGCCGAUAGCUGAAGGAGGAGACCUGAGAAUGACAGAGACCAUCCCCCCCAAUUCGGCUAAGAAGCCACGCUGGACCUCCCUGGAGGUCGGGCUCAUCACCAUCGUCUCCUUGCUCUUCAUCGUCAUCGUUGCCCUCAUCAUCCUGUUCGCCACACAGAAGACGGAUGAAAUCUGCACCACUGCCGACUGCACGCAGUCAGCCUCCCGUCUCAUCGAGAACAUGGACGCCGCCGUGGACCCUUGUGACAACUUCUACCAGUACGCCUGCGGAGGCUGGCUCAAGAAGAACAUCAUCCCGGAGACCAGCUCCAGAUACAGCACCUUUGACAUCUUACGAGACGAUCUGGAGGUCAUCCUCAAAGGUGUCCUUGAAAAAACAGUGGAAGGCGAAGCCGUCGCUCUCGUCAAGGCGAAGACUCUUUACAAGUCCUGCACUAAUGAGAGUUUGAUUGAGCUGAGAGGAGGCAGCCCAUUGCUCGACAUGCUGCCUGAUGUGUUUGAGUGGCCCAUGGCUGUGGACAACUGGGAAACCAACCACGGUAAAACAUGGAGGAUGGAAGACGUCAUCGCCAAACUGAACGAGAAAUAUGGAACUCAACUCUUGGUUAACUUUUUCGUCGGCACCGAUGACAGGGACUCCAGUUCCCACAUCAUUCAUUUCGACCAGCAGACAAGUCUCGGGCUCUUGUCCAGAGAUUACUACACCUGUACGGGACCCUAUGCGGAGGCAUGUCGGGCCUAUGAGCAGUUCAUGAUUGACCUGGUGAAGCUGAUCCGCACCGACCGGCAUCUCGCCAUCAACGAAACCAGCAUCAGAGAGGAGGUGACGCGGGUCAUAGACCUGGAGAGAGACAUCGCAAACUCGACUGAUACUCCAGAGGACCGGAACAACCCAGUGUUGCUGUACAACAAGAUGAACCUGGGCGAUCUAAAUGCCAACUUCACCCUUGAGGUUGAUUCACAGGUAUUUGACUGGAGUUACUUCACGGCUAAGAUAAUGGAUACGGUCAACAUCAGCGUUCCCGAUACCGAGAAGAUCAUAAACUACUCACCAAACUAUUACAGAAGACUCAACCUUGUCUUGGCCAGAUAUAACAAGAGGGAUCUUCAGAACUACAUGGUGUGGCGCUUCGCUAUGAACAUGGUGGUGGGCCUGAGCAGAAGUUACAGGGACACAAGGAAAGCCUUCCGCAAGGCUCUGUCUGGCACGACGUCAGAGGCAGCCGUGUGGCGACAGUGUGCUCUCUACGUCAACAACAACAUGGACAACGCUGUCGGGCGACUUUAUGUGCAGGAGGCUUUCUCAGAAAAGAGCAAAGAACUGAUGGAAGAGAUGAUCAGAGACAUUCGGGAAGUGUUCAUCAGUAACCUCGAUGACCUGACCUGGAUGGAUGCAGAGACUAAGAAAGCAGCGGAGGAGAAGGCCCGAGCCAUUCGGGAGCGGAUCGGCUACUCCGACAACAUCAUGGAUGACAAAUACCUGAACAAUGAGUACAAAGAUCUGAGCUACAACGCAGAGGAGUACUUUGAAAACAUCCUACAGAACCUGGAGUAUGUGCAGAAGAAACGCCUGCGGAAACUCCGAGUCAAAGUCAACAAAGAGGAGUGGGUCACCGGAGCUGCUGUCGUCAACGCCUUCUACUCAUCCAGCAAAAACCAAAUAGUGUUCCCUGCAGGUAUCCUCCAGCCUCCUUUCUUCAGCAAAGGCCAGGCCAAGUCUCUCAACUACGGCGGCAUCGGCAUGGUAAUCGGUCAUGAGAUUACACAUGGCUUUGAUGACAAUGGCCGUAACUAUGAUAAGGACGGUGACCUGAAGGACUGGUGGACACCAGACUCCACUCAGAGGUUCCUGGAGCUGUCAAAGUGCAUUGUGGAUCAGUACGGCAACUUCUCUUGGGACCUGGCCAACGGACUUAAUUUAAAUGGUAACAACACCCUCGGGGAGAACAUCGCUGACAAUGGAGGGAUACGUCAGGCGUAUCAGGCCUACAAGAACUAUGUGAGUGUGCACGGAGAGGAGCCAACACUGCCCGGUAUUGACCUUUCCCACGAUCAACUCUUCUUCUUAAACUUUGCUCAGGUGUGGUGUGGGACACACAGACCAGAACAGGCUGUUAAUUCCAUCAAAGUCGAUGUACACAGUCCAGGGAAAUUCAGGGUACUGGGCUCCCUUCAGAACUUCCCGGAGUUUUCCAAAGCAUUCAGCUGCAACAAGAGCAGCCAAAUGGUCCCUGACAACAUCUGCCGUGUGUGGUGA